GUGGAGUGGCGCCGUUAGCAUCUAUAAGAAGAUUCCAUUUAAAUGCUCUAUUUCAUUGAAUUGGUCAAAAUAACACCGGCAAGAACAACAAUAAUAGCAAGAAGGUAUUCAGAAAGAGUAACGUAUUGACUAUAUAUGGGCGCGCACACACCGGCAACUGGAGUGAGAGAGGAAAAGCUGAAUGAGUGGUUAGUAUCCGAACAUAUGUGGGUAGAACCUAUAAUAAAGAUAUAGUGACCUGCGGAAAUGUUUAUAUGUCUGUUGCAAUCCUCCCGCACCCUUUGGGAGGAUGGAUGUAACGAGCUGCUUACCUCUGGGUCUCUGUGUGAAGGAUAGAAGAACGGACAGGCAGACAGGGUGAGAGUGCAAGCCAAGAGAGUCCAACGGUCUCCAAAAAGGCAGCAGAAAUAUAAACGGUGGAGGAAAGUAGCAUCGGCUCCUGCUACGAAAAACACGAAUUACACAAAGACAGAUAGAAAAACAAUCUCUAGAAAUUGACAGGUGCCCAGAGAAAGCCUGUGUGUGAGUGAGUGUCUGUGUGUGCGUUUGUGAAUGUGUGUGUACAUGAGAAAUAUAUAGACAUAAAAGAGCCGUGGAGAAAGAGGGUGACGGGGCACAGUCAAUGGAUGCUUCUCGGACGGAGGCAGAGGCACACUUAUCACCAGCACGGAAACAGCUACGCUCAGAACCGAGGGGAUGGAGAGAAAUCAGCCCGCCGCCAUGGUGUGGUGUGAAAAGGGGAUCCAGAUCCUCCUUGCCACCGUGGGGGCGUUUGCCUCCUUUGGCCUGAUGACGGUGGCCAUCGGGACAGACUACUGGCUCUACGCCCGCGCAUUCAUCUGCAACAGCACGGCCAAUCACACCCACGACGACCCGCACAACAAGGACCGCAAAGACCCGGGCGCACUCACCCACUCUGGCCUCUGGAGGAUCUGCUGCCUGGAAGGGUUGAAAAGAGGAGUGUGCUCACAGAUCAACCAUUUCCCAGAAGAUGCUGACUAUGACCACGAUGGAGCGGAGUAUGUCCUGCGUGUGGUGCGGGCCUCUAGUUUCUUCCCCAUCCUUAGCGCCAUACUCCUCCUAAUGGGUGGAGUGUGUAUUGCGGCUAGCCGGUUUUACAAGAACAAGGGAAACAUUGUUCUGGGAGCGGGCAUUCUUUUUGUGGCAGCAGGGCUCAGCAACAUCAUCGGCGUGAUCGUGUACAUCUCCGCCGCGCUCGGGGACAUCUCCCCCAAGAAGGACGAGGACAAGAAGUGGCACUACUCCUACGGCUGGUCCUUCUACUUCGGCGGCCUGUCCUUCAUCCUGGCGGAGAUGGUGGGCGUGCUGGCCGUCAACAUCUACAUCGAGAAGAACAAGGAGCUGCGGUGCCGCUCGCGCACCGACCUGUUCAAGAGCACCACCCACGCCAUGCUGCGGCUGCCCAGCUACCGCUUCCGCCAGCGCUCCCGCUCCAGCUCCCGCUCCAGCGACCCCUCCCGCUCGCGGGACCACUCCCCUGUGGGCGGCGGGGGCAAGGCCUUCAGCUUCACCCCCUCGGCCCUGCUGUCCCAGGCCGCCGUGGGGUCCUACUCCGUCUCCACGCUGCCGAACCCCCACUCUCACUCCACCAUGGGAGGGGAUAUAUCCCUGUAUACCCUUUCGCGGGAUCCCAAACUAGGAGGGGUGGGGAGUAUGGGGGGCCCGCCCAUGUACGGGACGGUGGACCGGGCCACUCUGUACCAGCUCCAUAAUUGUUUCCCGAAGGAGAGUGGAAGUGGAGGGGUGAUGAUGGCUGGCACGCUGCCCUCUCUGUCCAAGUCCAACAUCCCCUCACUGGCUCAGAAUUCCUCUAAUUCCAAUGCCCUCCUCCCCAAUUCUUCAUCCACCUCCGUCCCCUCUUCACAACCCCCUCCUCUCUCUUCCUCCACAGUUGACAGGGAGAGGGGGAUGAAUACUCUCGGGAAAGAUGAAAGCUCCAACACCAAUACCCUGAACAGAAAGACCACACCAGUGUAAAGGUCGAGAGGAGGGAUUCUGCAGAAGGGAAACAGAUAGUGCACAUUGAUGGAUGGAUGGAUGGAUGGGGAGAAAAAGCAUUGGAAUAAGGGGAAGAAAGGGGACAAAGGAGGAGGCAAGUCAUCCCUCCUUUCUCUCUGUGUCUCCAGUGAAAAUGAGUGUCAAUAGCACUUAUGAUAAUAACAACAGCAAUGCUAUAUAUUUACAACAUAAAUAAUUUGUACUGACAAGACUAUAUUGGCUACAAUGGUACUGUAAUAUUUGGUCUUUCAAUAAUUAUACACAAUUUUAAUUAUAUACAUUAAUUUGUUUGAUGUGCUUUAAGGCAAUACAAUCUUUCCACACUGAAUACUGUUGUUGUUGUUGUUGUUGUUGUUGUUAUUGUAAUAGUAAUGGUUGAGUUUCUCCAUGUUUUCAGUAUUGAUUUUUGAACCCGUAUAUUUUUAUUUUCUGGUGAGGAAAACUGACUUUUUGCACAGCGACACAAAAGCUAACGAUGUCAUAAAUGAGUGAAAAUGAUGUGUGUGUAUGCUUGAGAGUGAGUGGUGUUGAUGCUCUUCUACUUUUUCUUCUCAUUAUUAUUAUUGUUUUGAUGGAAAUGGUUUUAUUUAGUUUAAAAUAUGUUUGUUGUUUUCUAACAUACAAAUCUGUUUUAUUGUAACUAUGAGUUUUUUUUAUAACUCAGUAGCAUUACAUUUAUUAUGAUGAAGCGUAGUAGCAGUAUUCUUAUGAAUAGUUUGAAGUUGUUUGUUUUGGAGAUUCAAGACAAAUAUGAAUCUCCACAAAACAGAAAAACACGUGUCCUCAGAGAAAGCAAAUUAGUGUAGGCUUGAGUGUGCGUGCCUUUAUAACCAUGAGAAGAAAUAAGAUAUAUAUAUAUAGAGAGAGAGAGAGAGAGAGAGAGGGGGGAUCAACAGGAGCAAUACUUCCAGAACAGAGAGUUUUGAAGUUAUAUAUGGGUACAAUCCCAAAUAGAAGAAGGAACAAAUUAUGAAUUAUUAUUUUACGAAAUGAUAUAUAAAAGAUUGUGUGGAACAAUGUUUUAGAAAAAGCUGUGUAUUAUAUAAUGUAUAACUAUAUAACUCAUGAAUAUAUAUGCACUGUUGGUCAAAAGUAUGUAAUAAUAAGGAUUAGUUUUGUCAUUGGGGAUUUCACUAUUUUAUUAAUUUUCCUCUAUUGUUAAACUAUCAACAAUACAAAUUUUGCUUGAGAAAUGUCUUGCCCUGCUUCAACUAAACAAGUCUGAAGAGGCAUCUCUACUAUGGUGUGUCCUUCACAAUCUUAUUCAAUCUUAACAAUAUACAAAAAGACUCAUUUUAGAAAUACUUCAUCUUCACUCUAUCACUGGUAUACUGCCACUAAACCUUUGACCAUUGCUUACUUUUAUAUUAAUGUGUGCAUUCAUAAACAUUGUCUUAAACCUUGCCAGUCUGACUUGCUUCAAUUUCAACUCAGAGCACACCAGUAGUUUAUGGACAUUUCAACGGAAACUAAAACCAAACAUAACAAUUUAUUUCUGUCACACAGAUGAAAUUUCUCUGUGUAGAUACACAGUAUAUAGGUUUGCCUAGUUACAGCAAAAAUAAAUUGACUGGUUCAUUCAUAAUUAUCAUGAUUAUUCAACUGUUUAAAAAGCAAUACUGUAUUAUAUGAAAGAUUGACAGAAACAGGAAAAACUGUUUGUGGCUUUUUUUCUGCUGUUUGUAUAAGCAUAUAUUAUAACUAUAUAUAUAUAUAUAUAUAUAUAUAUAUAUAUAUAUAUAUAUAUAUAUAUAUAUAUAUGGACAAGUAUGGUCCAUUUGGACAGUGCACCAUACUGUCAUAAGAUAGGCUGGGCUGCAUGAAUCUGUUCAUUGAGCUUCAUUUGAGCUGUAAGAAUUACCGGACCAGCAGAGGGCAGUAUUACCUCUAAAAUAAAAUGAAAAACAAAGUCUCAGUACAAUGGAAUAGUGAUGGGGACAUUGUGUUGUUGGAUAUGGACUUGAUUCACUGCAGUCAUUCACUGAGUUGAGAUACUGUACCACUGCAUGUGUCACACAACGUGGGGAUCCCUGGUGUCUUUGUCAAAUUCACUCUGUCAAUAGGGCCAUCUUUUUUCAUCGCCACGGCUUGAUAAUAUUUCUCCACCUCUGUUUACACUUCUGGCACAAAAUGGCUGCUAUAAACACCCAGGUGUGUGCUACACAGUUUAGUAAGUUGCACAACUCUACUGUAAAGCACAUACUGUAUACAUCCUGAGAUGAUACAUUGUAUUAAAUUCAAUCCAGUC